UCAUUUGACAUAUGUCAUUACUGUGUCAAAGACGAAGCUAGCAAGACAUCGGUUUUUAUAUUCCUGUGAAAAAUGACUGACGGUUAUUCGAUUUAUGAUGUGGCUGCAUAUGAGGAGGUUGAUGAUUCUCCGGAAGUCAUUCUUACUCCGGAGGAGCAGAACGAACGGGACGUGCAGUCCAUUAUCAAUUUGGCACAGCAGGAGCACGAGGAUCAAACCCACAAUCAAGUAAUUGCCGCAAUAAAGAAACGCAAAGAGCAAGAGUUAGCGAAGCAACGUGAUAUUAACAAAUUCCAUCCAAGUUUUAUCAGGGACAAUGAUCAGACCGAAUAUGCCUUCAAGGAUCUACUAGAAGACUUAGAUGUUUCUUCCUCAGAUGAUAGCGAUGAGUUUGACGAGUACGACGACCACUAUGCAUAUGUUAUAAAUCAAAAGGGUUCAAGAGGGUUAUUUUUUCACAACCUUAUGUAUGGGGAAAUAUCAUAAUUUCAAGUUCGGGAACAAUUCAGGAAUACAUACACACAUAAACAUAAAUAAUUUUAAUCUUAAAGAAUCGAGUCACAAAUUAACCGAUUCAAUCAAUUUUAUUGGAAAAUGAUCUCUUUGGAUUGCCAAAUUUUAAUAUAAAGCUUUUAUUUUUGGCAUAUUCAAUUAAAUGAAAUAAAAUUUUGACCGAUUGCAAAUAAUUUCAAGUGCAGGAAUAAUUUAUCAUUUCACACAUACAUACAUAUAAAUUAUUUUAAUCGUAAUGAAUCCUGGCAUGAAUGAAGCAAUUCGAGUAAUUUAACUGCAAAAUAAUCUUUUUGGAAUAUCAAAUAUAAAGAUAAAGCUUUUAUUUUUGAUAUAAUCAAUAAAUCAAUCAAAUAAAAGGUGCAGAAUUUUUCUCAA